CCCAACGGUCAUACUAGCAAACUCUUAGGGGCCUGCGCCCCCGCCACGCCUGGAAAAAUGGGGGAGAACUACCUCAACUCGCCUAUCAGCCUUAUUAGCAAGUCCGAUAUCCGCUAUGAGGGCAUCCUGUAUAACAUCAACAUGGAGGAGAGCAGCAUUGCGCUGGCUCAGGUUCGGUCUUUCGGGACGGAGGGCCGGCGCGUGGGCGGCCCGCAGGUGCCGCCCAGCAACGAGGUGUAUGACUACAUCAUCUUCAAGGGUGAUGAUAUGAAGGACCUGACGGUGCUGGGACCGCCGGGCUCCGCACCGGGAGGUGCGCCAGCGCCUCCGCCUGUGCCGGAGCAGCCCACGAACCCGUGGGGGCAGGCGCCUGCGGCAAACGCCGGCUACAACGCCCCGGCCCACUACGGCAACGAGUGGGCGCCCGCCGCCCCGGCUCCUCCGCCCGCGCCUCCCGCCCCGCCGGCGCCGGCGUACUCGUCCACCGCCCCGCCGGUGGCCGCGGCCUCGGCUCAGAAGGUGGCCCCGCAGGUGCACAUCGCGCCAGCACAGCGCGCCCCUCUCCCGCCUCAGCAGCCGCCCCCAAAGCCCUCGAACUAUGCGCAGGCAGCCGCUGCUCUGCGCGGCCCCGCGCCCGGCCGUGGCGGCCCCCCUCCCCCCUCGGGCGGCCGCGGCCCCGGCGGCCGUGGGCAGGCGCCCUACCAGGUGGGUGGCGGGCGAGGCGCCCCCCCGCCCCCGGCUGGCCGUGGCCCCGCCCCGCCCCCGCCGCGCGCGGGCCCGCCGCCGGGCUCCGCUGCCGCCGCGGUGGCCUCGUCGCCCAUGCCACUGCCCGUGCCCAAUGAGGAGUUCAACUUCGAGGAGCAGAACGCCAAGUUCAAGAAGGAGGACCUGGCCAAGGAGGUGGGCGAGGCGGUCAAGGUGCGCAGCUCCUACUCGCGCGACGACUUCUUCGACGUCAUCAGCUGCGAGACGCUCGAGCGGAUGAACCUGGGCGACAGCGGGCCCGCUCCCGCCCCCAGCGCCGCGCCCAGCGCCGGAUUCGGCGGCGGCCGCGGCGACGGCCGCCAGCGCGCAGCCGACGCGCGCCGCCUGGACAUGGAGACCUUUGGUGGCCUGGGAGGCCUGCGGCACAACUACAACUACGGCGGGCGCGGCCGCGGACGUGGCGGCCCGGGCGGCCGCGGCGGUCCCGGCGGGCGUGACGGCGGCCACGGCGGCCGGGGCGGUGGCCGUGACGACCGCAGCGGCGGCGGUCGCGGCCUGCGCCCCCAUGCCACCGGCGUGCCGAACGGCGGUGGCCGUGGCGGUGGCCGCGGCGGCCGCAACUAGAGCGCUGCGGCGCACCGCCUCCACUGCUGCUGCCCUUAUGACAUGACCAGCUAGUCACCUAGCCAGCUGUGCCCGGCCGCGCUGGCGGCGGACGCAAGGCCGCGACUGCGCAGAAUGGUGUCAGCGCGGAAGGGCGGCUGGACGGGCAUUACCGCACUCGAAACCACCGCAAGGUGUGACCGAUCGGCACAGUGUUCAAUACAUAUGACAACGGAACAUGUCAUCCGGGAUCAUAGCAGGCUGAUUGGGCGGCGUGGUGUGCGGAUCCGGGCAAUGUGCCUCGGCCACGCGCUGGCAAGUGCAGCGUUGCAUAUGGCGGGGUGCGCACUGCACUGGAGGUGCUGGUGCCCUUAGCAGCUUGCGGCACGGCCGAUGCCUCCCGAUGUAGAUGGAGCGAUGCCGGAUGCACAGGCAUAGUAGCUCGGCGGGUAGGGAUGCACAUGGGCAUGGACACAUUGUGUGUAGCUGUGAUACGCAAAAGCGGCUGCAGCGUUAAGGAAGCACACUAUGUGGUUGGCGCUGAAGGCACGGGUUCUCGCUCGGAUUACGGUGACGCAGGGUGAACCAAUGGAGCAUGUUGCUGAAUGACAAGGUAGGGCGGCUUCGGAGCGGGUGCAUGCCGGCAGCUCGGGCAGAGACAGCCUGAAGCUGCAUGCGCGCUGACAAGCCCCUGCAUGCUUGGCAGGGCUUCUGUAAGACUGCAGUCCCUG